UCCAAAUUUAGUGACCAAACCCAAACUUGAUUUGACCGACCAAUUUGCCAGCUCUAUGGACUAUGGGUUCCCACCCAAAUUCAAUAGAUAGACUUGGGGGCAAUACGUUAGUUACGGUGCUCCCUAUCGCACUUGAGAAUUAGCCGCCGGAGAGUGAGUGAGAGUCGUGGAAAAGGCGGAUUUUAAAACCAAGAAAAUCAAACCGAAAUGGAUUGCGACAUCGAAGUGAAUUGGGCUUCCUUGCAAAACUGCCUCUGUUAGGGUCGCCGAUGGAGAGCCAGAAGAGUGUCAAUUCUUCCUCUUCCGGCGGCGGCGGCGGCGGCGAUGGCGAAGCCUCCAAGUGUAAAGUGAAGCUGAUGUGCAGUUACGGAGGGAAGAUUCAUCAGCGGCAGCGGGACAACCAGCUUGCCUACGUCGGCGGCGACACCAAGAUCCUCACCGUCGAUCGGAGAAUCAGAUUUCCCGAGAUUUUCUCGAAGCUGAGCUCUCUCUGCACCUGCGGCGACAACGGGGAGCUCUCUAUAAAGUAUCAGUUGCCCGGCGAGGAUCUCGACGCUCUGGUCUCCCUGAUCGACGACGACGAUGUGGAGCACAUGAUGGUCGAGUACGACCGCAUGCUUAGGGUUUCCGCCAAGCCGGCCCGCCUGAGGCUCUUCCUGUUCAACCCGAACCGCCCCGUGAAACCCGAAUCCGAGGCUCCCCUGAACCCGGACUUCCUCUUCGGGUUCGACAAGGAUUACCAGCCCAGCAUCGCGCCGACCACCCACGACCUUCUCCAAUUGCAUAUCCCCGGAAUGCCCCUGCCCGAAAACCCCUGCCCGAAACAGCAAGUUGAAAAUGGCCUGCCACCCGGGAAUUACGGAUCGGUUGCCAACAACAACAAGUUGAUGAUCCUGCAGAGCCAUCACCAUCUUCCACCACACCUGCAAGGGUUGCCUGAAAGCCACGUCACCGGCGGGGUAGGUGGUUAUGCCAAUGGGUUGAAAAUGGUAUACGGGUUACCCGUAUUUCCCGGUGGGUAUCACCCAGGCAACCUUGGACAGUUCAGUGUGAUAGCCGGAGGGGGCGAUCAAAACCUGCAACACCCAAUUUACAGUUUUGUCCAGGCGGUGCCCUCUGUCCCUGUUCCGGAGCACAAGCAGCAGCCGCCACCGCCGCUAGUUUCCACCACCUCCGGCGGCGAAAUGCUGAAUCCUGCCGUGGGUGUCAUCGAUCAAACUCUGGCCUAAGGUCCCUCUCUACUUUUCUAUUUUGGGGUGUUAACCUCUUACUUUUUUUUCCUUCCUUUUCCUCCAUGAAAGUACAGUGAGGGUAAAUACUAGCAGUGAGUAUUAUACUAUUGGUUUAUUAUUUAUGCCUUAUUGAGUUUUGUUCGAGAGGGGUUUUGAG